GGUUGUUGUUGUUUUAUUUUUUGAAAUAAAUCUUCGGAAAUAGCUUAUCAUGGCAAGAUAGUUGCACUAGUAAAGGAUCUUCUAGAGAUCUUCUCGGGUCUCUCUUUUGAGGUAUCUACUAACGUCAUUCGCGAGGACGUCCAGCCUGUUCCUCCACAUCCUACGUUGACAUCACAUGCUGGAUGCAAUAGCCCUCUUAAUCUAUCUUCUUAUGGGCCUCUUUUUACGGGUUAUUUGGAUUUCAAGUCAGCAAAUGCUCAAAGGACGGAGGAUAUUGUCGUACAAGGAUAAGAUACUAGUGAUAAUUGUAUUAGUAAUAAUAUUUGCCUUUUCCUCCUACGUUAUCCCUUCUUUUAGCAUAUUUUCAUGAAUUUCUGCUAUCUGUUUCAUUGUAAGGUAUUAAAAAUAAAAAAGACUCUUGAGGCUUCCCUGUAGAAGUCUACAGUCCAUUUACU